ACCCGCGCGUGUAUAAAUUUAUAUAAAAGUAACCUGCUGAAUUGUUUAAAACAUUUGUAUUUGUGUAUAAUGUACCUGUAAACUUCGUGCAAACAUGGAGGACUUUGCGAAUAAUCCAGGAGUGGUAGUAGUCCGCGCGAAACCCGAAGGACAACGUAAGACUUUCAAACCAAAAACGCGCGCAGUCACAAAGAUCCCUGACGAGUUGUUGAACGAUCCUUUAUUAAACAGAGCUUGUGAGGUGCUUCCACAAAACUACAAUUUCGAGGUGCAUAAGACUAUAUGGAGGAUUCGAUCACUAAACGCAAAGAGAGUAGCUCUACAACUCCCUGAAGGUCUAACAAUGUUCGCAACAACUUUGAGCGAUUUAAUCGAGGCUUUUACCGAAGCUGACACCGUCAUAAUGGGUGAUGUCACGUACGGCGCGUGUUGCAUCGACGACUACACGGCUAUUGCGCUCGGCGUCGACCUAUUGGUGCACUAUGGACACUCCUGUCUUAUCCCCAUAGACCAAACCAGUAAUAUAAAGGUGCUAUAUAUCUUUGUCGAUAUUAAAAUAGAUCCGUCACACUUUUUAGAAACAAUUAAAGUUAAUUUUCCGAUACGAACUCACUUAGCUCUAGUUAGUACUAUACAAUUUGUCACAACCCUACAUUCUGUAGCUAAGAAUUUACGCAAUGAAGAGUAUAUAGUGACUGUACCUCAAUGUAAACCUUUAUCGCCUGGAGAAAUUCUAGGUUGCACAGCUCCUAAAGUGACUUCCGAUGUAAUAAUUUAUUUAGGAGAUGGAAGAUUUCAUUUAGAAUCAAUAAUGAUAGCUAAUCCUAAUAUUCCUGCAUUUAAAUAUGAUCCCUAUGAAAAGAAAUUUACUUCAGAGGUGUAUGAGCACAAAUUGAUGCAAACUAAUAGACAGAAUCAGAUUAAGAUGGCUGAAGAUUCCUGCACCUUUGGUCUUAUACUAGGCACCUUAGGUAGACAGGGAAGUACUAAGGUUUUAUGUAAUUUAGAAAAGCAAAUUAAGAAUGCAGAUAAGAAGUAUGUGAAGAUACUUCUAUCUGAGAUCUUUCCUAGUAAACUAGCCUUGUUUAACCUGGAUGCAUUUGUACAAGUGGCUUGCCCAAGACUAUCUAUCGAUUGGGGAACAGAGUUUUCAAAACCUUUGUUAACUCCAUAUGAGUUUUCAGUGUCUCUAGGAAAUAGUAAAUGGUUAAAGGAAGAUGGCACAUAUCCUAUGGACUUCUACUCUAAUGAGAGCUUAGGACCAUGGACACCUAAUUACAAACCUGUGUUAUGUUUGGACUCUGAUAAAAAAUGCGAUAAUUGUUGUGAAGGAAAGGGAAAAAUUGUUUCAUAGUGUAAGAAACGAAAAAUGUGAUAGUCUGAAAGCAGUUAAUUUACUGAACUAAAUGAAACUAACCUCGCACUGCUGGGCCAGGUCUUUGUUAGUGUGUGUAAUAGUUGAUGUAAUUGAAUAGUCUCAUAAAUAAUUAAAUCAAGA